GGCAGCAGACCAUUGCGCUGUGAGGCAUCACUGUGGGCAAACUUGGAAUUCAUUUCAUUUGUUUUAUGUUGCAUUCAGUGAUUACAGACACAUUUAAAAGAAAAGUAAAGUUGCAAGUAGAAAACAAAUAGUAAUGUCGAGCAGUGGGCUGGCAAUCAGUGUGCCGAAUUCCGAAGAAAACGCUGUCUUUACUCAGCUCAAACCAGUGACCAUGGCUGACGGAGCUUCAGAGGAGCAGCCGGUGUUUGAAGACAUCAAACCCGCCGUUCGGAUGCUGGAGAACCAGCAGGACUUGACACAGGCCAAUAUAUUUCUAGGAGAAGAUAACAUUAAAUCGUCAGGUCUACUGAAAUCACAUUUACUGCAGUUGCUACAAACAACUACAUCUUCCCCAAGUCAAGUAAGAUCGGAAAUGGACAGGUAUCUAGCCCCACUAAUUCCACCAGCCUCAACAGUUCUGGAUCAGAAGAAAUAUCGAAGAGAAAGUGCCUCAGUGGUAGAUGAGUUUUUUGAGGAGCAGAUAACAUCGCCAUACAGCUUGAAUAUCAACCUGAUCCUGCCUGAUAUCACCCACUUGAGAACGGGCCUUUACAGACCAACAAAGCAAGCUCUCUCACAAGUCAAGACAGAGCCAGCCACUAACUUCACCCAGUCAUGCACGUCCACUACAACACAUGCCCUGCCUGAAUUCACCAGUGUGUUCAGUGUGCCACAGUCAGUUCCUGUGAAUAAUAUCUUCAUCAAGCAGGAAGCCUCUUCCCCUGAGCUACAACUGCCUGUGAGUUCACAUCAGCCCCAACUGUAUCAGAUGCCAAUCAACACAGAUGUUGUCGACAUGCCUUUGAGCUCUACCCAGUCACUUGGCAACACUACAGUUAUUCACAGUUGUAACAGUGUUACCAUGUCAACAGGCAUGGCUGGAGCAAGCAGCAUGUCUACCCAGUCAGCAAUUAAACACUUUCAGCCUGUUGUAUCAUCACCAAAUAACUUUAUUGUACCAGCUCAGUUUUAUCGGCAACAAACUUCAUAUCUGCCGCCAUCACCUCCAAAUUCUCAACCUGGUAGCCCAGAAAACCAGCCUGACCUUAUCAAUACACUCUCACCACCUCCAUCAUAUGCUGCAUCAGUAGCAUCAAAGAUAGUUCAUCAUCCUCAAAUGCAUAGUCUUCAGACCACCAUGCAGCCCUGUCAACCUGGCUUCCAGACAACAAAAUACAGUCGACGCAACAACCCUGAGUUGGAGAAGAGACGGAUUCAUCAUUGUGACUUCCCAGGCUGCACCAAAGUUUACACCAAGAGUUCUCAUUUGAAAGCACAUCAAAGGACCCACACAGGUGAGAAGCCAUACAAAUGUACAUGGGAUGCUUGUGAUUGGCGUUUUGCCCGUUCUGAUGAGCUCACAAGACACUACAGAAAGCACACAGGAGCAAAACCCUUCAAAUGCAUUGCCUGUGGCCGCUGCUUUUCACGUUCAGAUCACUUGGCUCUCCACAUGAAGAGACACCAGAACUAGGCGAAAUCCUGUUGCCCAGACGAGUGUGACUGAUUUUGAAAAUGUACAAAUGAACAAAGUACUGCCAUUAUUCCCACACAUACAUACUUAUAUACGAACACAUAAACAGAAGAGAAAUAGUUUCAUAUUUGAGAGGAUAUAUUGUUGGGAGAAAAACAGUUGGUGAACUGAAAACCAAUUACGCAAAGCUUCUAAUUUACAAAAAAAAAUUUUGUAUUAUUUAUUUUUUAUUUCCUGAAAAAAAACCUUCUAUGCCUGAAAGAUUGUUUAGAAAUGAUUAGGAUGUUAAGGAAAUAAAUUAAUCAUCAGCAAUACAAGGAUAUUCAUUCUACACUUAAUAAACUUGGAAUUUAAUUACCUAACUCCAGUACUUAAAUCAUUUUGUAAUUAAAGAACAAGAUAGCACCUAGUGCAGCAUGAUAGCUUCAAAGUGACUGAAAGCAAUGUAAUUAUACAAACAACAUUUUGAUCUUAUUCUUCUCCAUAUUAGUCAACAGAAGGUUAACUUGUUUAUUUUAAAUAAGUUAGCACCUGGUGAAGAGAGAAAUUUGAUAUGAACCAGAGAGUUUGGUUAGCCAUCCUGCUGUCCCUCCAAAAUCAACCUCCGUUGAUGGAAGCAUCAUUUUGAGUAUCAGCGCUACAGAGCAGUAGCCGUGUGUUUGGCCUGCACUUCCAUCAGAAGGAGCACAGGAGGCUGAAUUUACUUACUAAAUUAAUAAAUUUAGUAUAUAUACAUUCUUAUUGUGACAUCAUUCACAAUCACUUCUGUGUUGGACAAAACAAUGCUUUAAAGCUGUUGAGAAGGUAGGCAAAAUCAGAUGCAACUAACAAAUUCAAGAGAAACAAUUCAUGUUAUCCUGCAAUAUCAGUAAUGCCUAACAUAGUAAAAUCCAGAACAACUGCAUAAACUGAACUAGAAAUGCUUCCCAUUUCAACUGUGCAUUCAGUCAAGAGAUUUGAACAGCAGUAUGCAUCAUCCAGACUUUCUUGUGCAUCCUAAAACUUCAUGCUCGUUUUUUAGUUAAAAAAAAUUAAAUGUAGCUUUCCUACAAUGAUCCACUAUUGUGAAGCAAUUAUGCUUAAAGCUGAGAAAAAAAUGUCUUAAUUCACAGUUUAACCCCUGAAUUAAAUUGAAGCAAACAUUACCUCUGUAUCUUGUGCCAAGAAUUCCAGCUUGAAAUAUACUGUUACUCUUGUUAUUAUCCUGAUGUAUAUGAAUUGCUAAAUGUUAAUUUCAUUGAUGAGCGCCAUUUGAAUGUCAACAAUUUGCCUUAAAGACUAGUUUUUGGUACUCAACAUUGUGAAGAAGAUUAUUUUUUAGAAAAUUCUGAAUGUAAUGGUGGAAAAAAUGUUAUAAUCAACAAUUGUCAUUGGUUACCCCAACCGUUGUAACUGGUGAGCGUAAGCAUCAUGCCUCCGACUGUUGACUGCUCGUUAUUUUUAAGAUUAUCUAUUUGAAAUAAUUUUGAUCAACUGAUUUGGAUUAAGGCUGAUUUGAAGCUUUUUUAAAAUCCCAAUGCACCAAUUCAACUAGUUUCCACAAGCGCCAGAGUCUAUGAAGUUUUAUCAAGAAAUUGAACUGAUCAUCAUCCUGAUUAAAGAAAUGUAGUAAUGAACAAAGUUCAAUACAUUUCCUCAUAUAAUCUUUGUAUUACUUAAAAUGGUGAUAAUGUAUACUCUUCCUUAUGUUGCUGAUGUCCUUUUAAACAUAAGUAUCUCAGCAAUUUAUUGCAAGAAAGUUUUGCAAUAUUAGUGGAAGGAAUCACAUGUUUGUUUUAUUUUCGAGCAAUUUGAAUAAGUACUGAAGGCAACAGAUAGGGAAAUUGAAAAGGUAAUUAAUGACAUGCUCUUAUCACAGUCCAUGAAAGAAAUACACUUUAGAUUAUGGGUAUAAGUUAUGAAUAUACUGCAGUCAUCAAAGUCUCUGUCUGAAAAUGCAAAGAAUUGAGCUGAGUCCUCUCAGGAAAUAGGUUAUUCAGAUUUAAUUUGGGGAGUCGGGGGGAUCUUGCCAGCUACAGUGCUGAAACAUCCAGCUCAGAAAAGUCUCAGGUUUGAUGUUGGGUCAACAAAUAUCAAUCUGUGUAAUUGCCGUGUUUGACUGCAAGAAAGGAAAGAAAUCUCAGCCACGUUCUAAUUACAAGCAAGCGAUAUGUUCUAGAAAUUGCCUGUUUGGGUAAUGAUGCAUAUGACCGAUAGUCCCAGCCCUCUUUUUGCUUUUAUUGUAUAGGUUCACAAUUAUCCAAAAUCCCAAUGCGAGUUAUCACUUUCAGGAAAGGAAGGGAGAGAACUGGAUCAGUCCUUAACUAACAAUGACAUCCAGAAAUCCUCCGAAGUGAAUUUUACCAAUUUGGUUGAGUCGUAGGGAGAGAGUGAUUCAUAAAAAUUUUAAGUGAAACGUUAACAAGAUUGAUAGUAGUGAUUAUUGGUCCAACAUAUCAUCUUGGACCAUUCUGGCUGUCAAUCAAGGAGGUAGCAUGGAUAAAAUGAUCUAACACUGUGAAAGAGAAUAGGGAAUUAAAAAUACCUAAGCCACUUGAAGAUAUAAAAAAAAGCUUGAUAUUGUAGACACUUAAUUAAAAAAUAAUCAGUUAACUAAAUUUACAUUAAUUUGAAAGUUGCACAAGAAGCUUGCAGCACAAUUAACUUCAACGGGAGAUUCAGUGUGGGGUUGUAUACUAUUGGAUGGAAAGUUUACACUAAACUUGUGGCUCAUAACGUUUUUAAUUAUACGUUAGUUUUCUAUCAAGUGCCCUAAGAAACAUUGGGAUGUAAAUACAGGGAUAUCUAGUGAUGUAUAUAAUUUUUAUAAGUCGUUAAAGUAAUGUUUAUAUUCAGAACAAAGGGGAAGACAAUGGUGGUAGUUUUGCUUUGGUUUUAAAUGUAUCACUUAUUUUUUUAAUGUAGUGUUUCACAAAUUUGAAUAAAAAAUCAAUAUGAAUGUUUUAAAGCAAAAAUCUUUCAAUAUACAGUGAUUUAGGAUUUUGUUAAGAGCUGUACUGUAUAAUAAGAGAAAAUGAACAAAAUAAAAAGUUGUUUAUAGAUGAAA